AUGGCGGCCUCAGCCGGAGAUUGGUGUUUGAUUGAGAGCGAUCCUGGCGUCUUCACUGAACUUAUCUGCCAGUUUGGUGUUACUGGAGUGCAGGUUGAAGAAAUAUGGUCUUUAGAUGCUGAAAGUUUUUCAUUUUCUAGGCAGAGGCCAAUAUAUGGCUUGAUUUUUCUGUUCAAAUGGAAGCCUGACAUGCAUCUGCAAGGAAACGUCAUCAGAGAUGAUCGGCUUAGAGAUAUUUUCUUUGCCAAGCAGGUCAUCAACAAUGCAUGUGCCACUCAAGCCAUCUUGAGUAUUCUCUUUAACUGUUCUGAUGCUAAGAUUGAUCUUGGUGAGACGUUGAACUCCUUCAAGACUUUCACCAGAGGAUUCGAUCCAACUACCAAGGGGCUGGCACUAAGUAAUUCGGACAUCAUCAGACAGACACACAACAGUUUUGCCAAACAACAAUUGUUUGAACUGGAACUCGAAAACAUGAAAAAAGAUGACGAAGCAUAUCAUUUCAUCGGGUACAUCCCUAUAAAUGGUCGCCUCUAUGAACUCGAUGGCCUCCAAGAAGGGCCAAUUGAUCAUGGUGUCAUUCCAGAGGAAAGCGAGUGGCUGAAUUAUGCCAAACUGGUCAUAGAACAACGCAUUCAAAAAUAUGAAGCAGACGAGAUUCACUUCAGUUUGAUGGCCAUCAUACCUGACCAAAAAAAACAUUAUGAAGCACUGCUUGAAAAUACUCAGGAUCUCGAUGAAGUAGAAAAGUACAAACAUCUCUUGAACGCUGAGAUUAACAAAAGGAAACAGUAUCAAGUCGAAAAUGCUCGCAGGCGUCACAACUUUAUACCAUUCAUCAUCGAAUUCUUCAAAAUUCUUGCUGAGAAGGGAGAACUGGCUGAGCUUAUGGAAAAAGCCAAAGUAAAAGCUAAAGAUAGGGCUAAUAAAGCCAAAGCCUCCAAGCCAGUUAAAGACAGUUAA